AUGGUGUUUAAGGUCGAAACAGUACCUACGAAACCUUUCGAAGGCCAAAAACCAGGAACUAGCGGAUUAAGGAAGAGGGUGCCCGAAUUCCAACAAAAACAUUACACGGAGAACUUUGUGCAAGCAGUUCUCGAUGGCGGUCUUGGAAGUAAAAAGAAAGGUUCUGUGUUAGUGGUAGGAGGCGAUGGACGAUUUCUGUGUUCGGAAGCUGUCAACGUCAUUAUUCAAAUCGCAGCAGCAAAUGGAGUCAGUUUAUACUUGGAAAAGGCUUCGAAGGACGCAAGAUUGAUGGAGGUUUUCACAGCACUUUUCUUAGAUAUAACAAACGCUAUACAUGAUGUAACUACAAAGAUUUCUCACUACUCAAUAUGUCCUGAUCUGAAAUGUGAUUUUACAAGGAUUGGAAGAAAUGAGUAUGAUAUUGAUGGUGUUGGACAUUUCAUGGUUGAUAUUAUUGACCCAGUGAAAGAUUACGUUGAAUUGAUGCAGAGUAUUUUUGAUUUUUCAAAGAUAAAAUCGCUAAUUUCUGGCCAGCUUACCGGCAAGCGCUUUGAAGUGCUGGUCGAUUCAAUGCAUGGGGCUACUGGUCCGUAUGUUUCGACUAUUUUAUGCGACUACCUUGGUGUUGAAAGCCAUGGGUUGCUAAGAACUGUCCCAAAACCGGACUUUGGAGGAGGGCAUCCUGACCCAAAUUUAACGUAUGCGAAGACGUUAGUGGAACAGCUAAACAAAGGAAAGCAUGACUUUGGUGCCGCCUUUGAUGGUGACGGGGAUCGUAAUAUGAUCCUUGGAAAAGGAUUUUUUGUGACUCCUAGUGAUUCCCUUGCUGUGAUCGCGGAUAACAUAAACUGUAUUCCAUACUUUAAGUCUCGGAAAAUUUCUGGCUUCGCUCGAUCUAUGCCUACUGCUGGUGCCAUUGACUUAGUCGCGAAAGCUAGGGGACUAGAGGUUUUUGAAACUCCUACUGGUUGGAAGUAUUUUGGGAACUUGAUGGAUGCCGGGCGUAUAUGUCUAUGUGGUGAAGAAUCCUUUGGAACUGGAAGUAUCCAUAUUAGGGAAAAGGAUGGUGUUUGGGCAAUGCUUGCCUGGUUGCAAAUUCUCGCCGAGAAGAAAAUGUCCGUCGAAGACAUUGUCAAAGAGCAAUGGAAACGUUAUGGCAGGAACGUUUUUACAAGGUACGAUUAUGAAAACGUCGACGCUUCAGGAGCUAAUUUAUUGAUGACAUUUCUCGAGUCUCAAAUGCCGUCAUUCGUUGGUAAAGAGCUAAGUGCAAACAAUGUGUCAUACAAGGUCAAACUGGCGGAUAAUUUUUUGUACACUGAUCCAAUUGACGGAUCUGUAGCAGCGAAACAGGGUUUGCGCAUAAUUUUCGAGGAUAGUUCUCGUCUUGUGUUUCGUCUUUCUGGAACCGGCUCUGCUGGGGCUACCAUUCGGCUGUAUGUAGAUUCCUAUGUGCCAUCCAGCGCCUCAGAUAAGCUUUUCGCACCCGCACAUGACAUUCUGAAGCCGCUCGUGCUGAUUGCUCUGGAUUUAUGCAAGAUGGAGCAUUUUACUGGCCGGAAGUCACCCACUGUCAUCACAUAG